AAUGUAAGAAAAAGAAGAAUUCUGAAACAUCUGUCAUUCAUUCAUAAAAAAAAUACGUAUCGUCGUCGGAGUGUUUUGCAAAAUUUGUUUAAAAUCCUUUUUUACAUUGAGAAUUUGAAGGAAUAGGUUUUUGCAAAACAUCAAGAAAGCAUACGGAAGUGUCCAGGGAUGCAGUCGGACAGCGAGGAGAACUGGAUAGCUGCAAUUGAGAAUCAGUACAUGGAAGCAAUUGAAAAUGAUGAACCAGAUUUUGAGACUCAGCUAAUUGUGGAGCGAGAAGCUGUGCUGAAGAGUGCCUGGAGGAAUUUCCAGGACUCCGCAACAGCUGUGGCUCAACUAUACAAAGAUCGUACAAGUGGACACGAUUCCGGACUUCUCUGGUUGCCAUUUCAAACUGCUGCCGGAACUAUAACCACACUGUAUAAAGACUCUGCGGAAGGUCUCCGAAGGAUUGGCGAUGUUGCCGUGCAGUGUGGCUACCAAAGACGUAACAAAGAAAUCGCUGCUUGGGUUAAGAAGCGCCGAAGGAAUAUCAGACGUGAGGAUCUCCUAUCGUACUUGGCGGGGAAACCACCACCACCUCUCCAUGUAACGCGGGCUUCGCAAAUGAGAUCAUCACCAAGACCAGAAGCACACAUUAGCAAUCAUCAUAACCUAAUGCAAAGUGCAACACCAUUUGUGAGUCCCCAAUUGCCUCUAUCAGCUGAGCCCGAGAUGCACACGUUCAAAGAAGCAUUAGCACGAAGAUCCAGAGGUCCUGAGCUUUAUGCGUUUGUUACCGGAGAGGUUGCGCGUCACUGUAAACGUCCGGCAAGUCCUUCCCUAGAUGUCAAUAUGGAAGUUCAAUCACUAAGCAGUAAACGACAACGUUUCUUGUAGAACUAACAACUCUCGGAGGUUCUUGCUGUUCGGUAAAAGGUAGAUAAUUAUCACCUACACAAUGUUUUUUCUCCGAUAUAUUUCUUUUUAUUUUGUUCAUAAUUUAGAAAUUUCAAAAAAUAUCCCAUCACUAAAUUAAAGAGAUUUAAAUGAAAAAAAAAAAAAGAAAAUUAUACAUAUUUGCAUAUUUCAAUCGGAUAUAAAAUCAAUUUGUAAUAAAAUAUAAGGAUAUAAGAAAGAAUGUUCGCUUAGUUAUCUUAUUAUUAUAAAUUAACAGCAUAUUUAUAUACCUACCACAUCUUUAUGUAAAAGACUCCACAUGUUAAGUGUUCUCUAUUUUUUUUUGCCUUUUCAUUAUAAAUUAUUUUUGGGAUGAUUUUCGUUAAAUGUAAUUUAAAAAAAAUCUGUUGAUUUUCUUUAUUCACUUUAUUGUUAAGAAUUUCUCUUUUUAUCCGGAAUCGAAUGGAUGGAGUCGAAAAAAUAAAAUUCACCUAUAUAAUAAUAUUGUGGAGAAAAAAAAACUUAAUGCAAUAUAAAUCUAUUGAUACAUA